UUGCAGUAUGUAUUACAUAUACGUGCAAGGAAAAACAUCGGGGAAAGGGUGGGGAAAGGAAAAUUAGUCAAAUUUGUCGUGUACGUUGUUACAAUGCACAAUUUAUAGAGUAAUAAUAAAUCGCGUAAUAUACGUGUAUUUUCCGUUCGUUUAAAUAAAAAUUGCAGGCCCAUCGUAUAUCUAUUCAAAACGAAACGUUAUUGAAAUGUGGAGUUAAGCUUGUACGAGUGACAUAGAGAAAAAAGAAACAAAUAAAAAGUUAAAUCAUUCAAGUUUCGAAGGUUAGGAACGUCCUUUGCUUUGUGUCGUCAUUGUCAAAAUAGUUAUAUAUUGUUUCCCUGCGAGACGAUGAAAACACGCCCUAAAUGUUAAUGAAGCAGAAGUGAGUCCAGAAAAGUGCAGAGUGAAAAAAAAUAUAAUUAUAUAGGAACAAUAGUGCAAUCGUGAUUAAGAAUAAUGUGGAAAAUGGAGUGCGAGGAUACGAUGCAAUUGAUGCCAGAAUUGACAAGCUCGUUGAAUCUUAUUGUCUCAGGUUUAAGUGAGGAUGACGUUGCUAAAGGUUGGAGUAAUCUUCGGGAAUUAGAGGAAAGCAGCGCUCUUCAAAGUUCGGUUAAACUUCACGAGGCUAAAUAUAUUAUGAAAGGAAUAUUGCAGGGUAGAGUACCGAAUAUCCAUCAAGUACCAAAACUGAUGGUUUACUUUGCCAAGUAUGUGAAAAAAAAGCUCGAUAUUGCGACGGAUGACGAUGAUCCGAUAGUGAACGAUUUUGUUGCAUUCGUUCAAUUGGCUGGUGACAAGGAUAUAACUUUGUUGGUAUCGCUGGUUGAAAUACUGAGAGAUUAUCCUAUGUACGGAGGGAGCAUCGGUGGCAUGGCAAAAGCUUGCAGAGCUAUUGUCAACAGUCUAGGCACGUUUCAAAUGCCAUCGAGUUCUAGCAAAGUUCAACAGUUCCGAAACAGUGCUUAUAAAAUAAAAGAAUCCCUCAAAACAAUUUGCAAGAGCGGCACGGGUUCUGGUGGCUCUGAACUCAUACCUGUUUGUCUCGAGGCUGUUUAUGCCAUGAUUUUAGAUACGGACAGAGAAACAGAGCCUGGGCCAGGCUUGAUAGCGAUACUGGAACUCAUAGAGAUCAAAUACAUAAGCCAAGCAGUUAAGUGGAUCGUGACAGAAUCUAGAAGCGACUCUCAGCUGGAAAGAGCACUGCAAGUACUUUGCUACUGGAUUCCUUACUGGCUAAAAAUGGAACACCUCGGCCCAUGGAUCAUGGAACUUAUGACAGGUCUGGAGAAUGCUGAAAAGUACGUCAUACUGGAAGCCGUCGCCAAAGCUCAUCUCAGUAAAAUUCUCCGCUGUGUACCCCUUCCCAUGUCAAGUUUACAUGCCACUAUGUUGGUAACGAUAAUGUUACGACGUCAGGCAAAACCCAGGCUCUUCCAUCAGGUGGCAAAGCACAUCAUAGUAGUUUUUACCCAAUUGUCGGGGCAAACGAGCGACACAGCCCGCAAGUGCUUGCAGGAUCUUGUAGAUGUUACUAAGGCACUCAUCGAACGGUUUCCUGGCUAUCCUCUCAUCUACGAGGAACUCGAAAAAUCGUUUCCUGUACAGCCUCUCAGGGAUAAUGUAAUUUCCUACCGGGACGAGCCUAUAUGGUUCAGGGAUUACGAAAAUUUCCCUUCUUCUAUGAUCUCUUCCACUCUUCCUUACACCGAUGUUGAGAGCAGUCCUCCCCUUCCGCUUCCUUCUCCCGAUCAUGGAAAAGUUGGUCUCAAUAAUCUCGGUAACACUUGUUACAUGAACAGCGUACUCCAAGCACUUGCUAUGACCAGACAAUUCAGUCAACAAGUUAUGAGCUACGAAUCGUUGUGUCCCGCUAUGAAGAAUGAUUCCGCACUGAGCAUCGCUGCAUCCGCCGAACAAGCUGCUCAAAUAAUGCCCAAGCUUCAGAAUCUCUUUGCACUUCUGUUCUACUCGCCAAGGCGAAGCUUGUCACCGUCCGAGAUUCUCGUUGCUUCGAGACCCGAAUACUUCACGCCCAGACAACAGCAGGACAGCUCGGAAUUUUUAUGUCAUUUGCUCGACGUGCUGUACGAACAAGAGAAGAGUAUUCUAAGAAAGUCAGCUCUUGGAGAAGAAGAAUCUUCGGUCACAGCCUCAACAAGGAGUAAAGGUAAAAGAAACAGAGAAGUCGCAGCGACGGAUCGCGGAUGCAUCAAGAGGUGGACAACGGAGGAAGAUCUGAGCGAGGGUGGAAUACCUCUGGAACGUAAAACGAGUCAGUCCUUGGGGGAUUUCACGCAAGCGAGCGACGAUGUUGACGAAGAAAUUGGAGAGACGCGGACUAGUGGCGAAGGUUUGAGCGAUUGUCAUUCGGAUUCGACCGACAGUGGAAUACAAUCUGUGGACGGUCGUGCUGGGCUCGUUGGGAGUAGUAACGUCGUAGAUGCGACGAAAUCGUUAGCCAAAUCGAUUCUCGUGCAUCGUGUCUUCGGUGGCGAGUCGAAAAUCACUUAUCAGUGCGCUCAGUGCGACACGAGCUCCCACAACAAUGACACCUUUCGGGAUCUUCAGCUUUGUUUUCCCGAGGAAAUAACCGACAAUCAGGAAGUCUCGGUACAAGAUCUCAUGAAUUAUUAUCUCACACCGGAGAAGCUCACCGGCGACAACAAAUAUCGUUGCGACAAGUGCAUGAAGCUUUGCGAUGCUCAACGUAUUAUAAAAAUUUUACGAGCCCCCGUUCAUCUCAUACUCACCUUAAAACACUUUCACUACGAUCCGGAGACGAGAUUGCGCACCAAAUUACGUCACAAAGUUACCUACAACGAGACCAUCAAAUUGCCGGUCUCCCAAACGUAUACGAACGACUUUUCGACCCCAACGACUUCGAGUUCGAACCCGAUGACCUCGACCGUUGCCGAAACGUACAAAAUUUACGCUGCCGUUGUUCAUUCUGGAUACAGUAUGGAUUACGGUCACUACGUCACUUACGCUCGAGAUUCCAAGGAGAAUUGGUUCAAGUUCAACGACAGUUUCGUCUCCCGUACCAGUCUCGACGAUUUCAACGCUCUCGAACCUCCCGUUACCCCAUAUAUUCUGUUCUACGAGAAAAUCAAUUCUUCUUCCGAGGACCCCGAUGACAAUGCCGAUGACGAAAAACCCGAAUUGUCAAGUUUGAGCAAACGUGUCAGAGACUUGGUAGAAAAGGAUCGACGCGCUUACGAGGAUGAGAUGAAACAACAGACUGAGAAAAAACGCGCUCAACGAGCCAGUCCCGGAGGCCAUGUGGUCGCACCGAGCAUAAGACGUCAUGACAACUCUGAUGACGAAAAUCCGCCUCCCAGUAGCUGUCGGGGACACAUCGAUAUGCCACCGAAUCGUUUUCUCUUUUGAACCUCCUCAUUUCCCCUCUCUCGAUACUCAUUGCAUCAUUUUUUCCCCUCAUUUUUUUUUUUUUAUUCCCUUGUUACACUGGUCUAUCGUGCGACUGCAGACGAGGCGAAAUUUUCUAUUUGUAUAUAUUCUACUCAUUUUAAUCGUAUGUCUUCGAACAUAAUUAAGUUACUAAUAACGCGACAUUAAAGGAGAUGAAGAAUUGAAAAGAAACGAACAUAGUUAAAUUAAUUGAUAAAAUGCGGUUGGAAAUCUGUGAUACAUAUGUAACAUUUGUACUGUCGCAUUGACAAUAUUGAUCAUCUUAUAAAUACAGUAUUCGAUUACGAAUGUUGCAAAAUA